AUGCGUCUCUCACAUCUUCUGCCUCUGGCUCUGGUAGCCAAGGUUUCCGCCGAGUCGCUGACCUCCAUCCUCACCAAAAAUAAUGCCACGCUCAGCACCUUGAGCAGCCUUCUCUCCCUUGUUCCGGAUGUCGUGCAGGCACUCUCGACGGCCCAGAACAUCACGGUGCUGGCUCCGUCAAAUGCCGCCUUUGCCAACCUCAUGGCAAGGAACCCCAAGUCGGCCGAGCUGAUGCGGAAUCCCGCGGCACUCACAGGGGUGCUGCAGUAUCAUGUCCUGAUGGGCAAGCUAAUGUCUACUGACUUCUCAACUACGCCAAAAUUCGCUGCAACAAUGCUUACAGCGCCGUUUGCCAAUGUCACUGGGGGCCAGAGAGUCGAACUGGCGAAGGUGAACAACACAGCCAUGAUAUACUCGGGGUACAAACAGGCGGCCGCCGUCGUUACCGCAGACGUCCAGUUCGACGGCGGCAACGUGGUGCACAUCAUCGACACGGUCCUCACUGUUCCGGCGAGUCCGGGCCAAACAGCAAUCAACACCGGCCUUACGUCGCUCGCUGGGGCAUUGACGGCCGCCGGGCUGGUGGACACACUCAACUCGCUCGCCGACAUCACCGUCUUCGCGCCGUCGAACGAUGCAUUCAAGGCCAUCGGGUCAGCGCUUGGGACAUUGAGCACUCAGGACCUGGUCAGCAUCCUCGGCUACCAUGUCCUGACACAGCAAGUGCGGUUCAGCACCGACCUGCUGAAGGUGGAUCAGAUGACGCUCUCGACUUUGCAAGGGCAAAACAUUACGGUCCGUCGUGAUGGUGCCCAAUUGUUUGUCAACUCGGCAAAGGUGUUGCUUGCGGACGUGCUGACAAGCAACGGGGUGGUCCAUGUUUUGGACAACGUUCUCAACCCUUCAAAUGCCUCAGCCACGCCCAACCCGUCCGCCUCGACACAGGCGCCGGCGUUUGCUGGAGUAACUGCGGUGGCGGAUGCUCCGUUAACUUCGGGCAUCAUGCCGACGACCACCUUCAGGUUACCGGCGCCCGGCGCGGCGUUCAGCCUCCGCAAACAAAAGAUUCUGUCGCAGCUUUCCGUCCCGGACGCAGAGUACACGGAUGCUUCGCCCAAGGGGUCCGUCGACGCCGGCAUCCGCCACCUGAUCGAUGAGAUCAAUGCGCGGCCGGGACUCGUCACGACGAGCAGCUGUGCCGGGCGGGUGAGCGUGUAUCUUGAGGGGCGCAAGAAGGAGGCCGGAGACGCGGCGGACGACGAUCCUGCGGAUGAGCGCCGUCCAGUGGCAGUGGGAGGGUUGGGGGCCGGGGGCCGUCAUGCGGCGAGUUUGGCAGGUGGGAAGGGCGGUGGGGAGUGGCUGUUCGUGUCUCAUGACCCGGUGGAGGAGCCGGAUGACGAUGGUGACGAUGCGUGUCAUGAUGGCGCUCGCGAGAAGGGGUACCCCGUCUUGUUCGGCCUUCGAUCCGCAGCGGCCCAGGAAGAAGCGGCGAUGCAUGGUGCGCUGACCAGGUCAUUGAGGUUGAUUCACUUCAAGUUUGAGCCAAUGGCGCGUUUCCCGUCACUUCGCCGGAUCCUGCAUAUCUUGACCGCUUCGCCUGAGCAUGCCCAGAUGGUCAUCCAGGCCGGCAUGCAGGCUGGCUUCCGUGAGACCGGCGCCGUCAGCCUGCUCAAGCGGCAGGCGGAUGAGGAAGCAACACCAAUGGUUGCUGUGCGCUCGAUGGGUCUGUCGUUUGAGUCGCUGAUCGGGGCUGAGACAGAAGGUGUUCGGCGGUUGAUCGUGUCGCCGGAGUACCUGAAGACACUCGUGCGGAUAGCCAACGAGCGAUUUAUUGAGAACAGGAAGAGGAUAGAGAGGUUUAGGGACGCUUUGAGCGCUGCUUUCGCACCUCCGAAAGGCAAGGAACACUGGGAGGACGCGCAGGCAAGAAGGGAGCGCAAGCGCCAGGAGGGUCUGAAACGGCGCGAGGAGCUCAAUAAACCCAAGAACACGCCCGUGGAUGAGUCUACCUUAGAAUUUAUGCUACAACCACCCGUUCUCUAAA